AUGCACGUUGAAAACGGCGAAUUCGGCCUGGGUGCAGGCUCAUAUCAUGAUGUCCAUGGUGGCGUUGAUUCUCCGAGGUUCUUCAGCCCCAAUCGCAAGCCUGCAGCAAAGCUAGCAAUACAAACGCUAUCAUCAAAGAACAAUAUGAAUAGAAUCUUCGAAAGUGGCCGGGAACACACUUAUUCAUGCAAAAUGAGACUGAUAUGUGGAUCAUAUUUUUAUAGGGCUCUGGAGGUGUUGUUCCGUCGUGUGAAGGAACGAAACUUAUGUCUGCAAGCUUUGACAUCUGGCCAAGACUUUCCGUUUGGAGAUUUUUUUUCUAUGGCAGCCAACCGUUUCCUCAUGCUCACUGCCUUCGCGCUCUGCGCCAUUCAACUCGCGAACACUGGUCCUGUUCCCCGACCAUCGACCUCUUGUGACACCCAGCAGGUGCCGCCUUCCGCUAUCCCUUCCCCCGUGAACGGACCCACACCGGUUCAACUCCUGGAUCCUUACGCCCCAAAGUCUCCAGCUGAUCCUGUGAAAUCGUCUCCUCCUCCAGCGAGCAACCCUCCUGCUGGUCCAGUGCCAACGUACCCCUCAGAGAGCAACGCUACUCUCAAGGGUCCCAACGGUCCUUCGACAAAUAAUCCAGUGCCAAAUGGCUCCGCGACAACCCGCCCAGUACCCAACGAUCCGCCCAAAGGAGUCCCCACACAAGGGUAUUCUGCUGGUCCCGCCGUCGCGUCUUCCCUUCCUGUUGGUGGCCCACCUGCCAAAGAUCUCCCACAAGGUGACCGCGCUCCUAAGCAGCCUGGUGGAUCUAGUCCACUCAAAGGUGGUCCGGUAACAAACAAGUCGCCUGAAACUGCUCCUCCAUCCAAUUAUCUUGUUGGACCUGGCAAUCACCAAGCGACAUUGCAGGACAGAGAGGAGGCGAACAUUGAAGGUGAACGCAUGACCCAGUCUCCAUCAUGUGAUCACAAAACGGUAGCUUGA